GUCUCUAACCUCGGAAGGUGGAUUUGAAAUACAUGUAUCGAAUCCGAGGAAUCCUUUACCAUCUAUAAACAACCACUGCGAGGCAGAUCUCUCAUCGUCAUGAAGUCCGUCUCAAGCGCAACACCACAAAUCCCGGCAACUUCAACCGACCAAGAGGAUAAUGAAGCAGGUCCAACCAGUUCGGAACUUAGCUACGAGGAUUUGGCAUGCUGCGGCAAGGCAACGUGCUGCGUUUGCUUCCGUGACGUAUCGGUGACGUCGCCGUUGGUAAAAAGAUGCGAGGCGGUAACGUGGGGCACGAUAUUCUGGAGCGUCAUUGCCUGCAUGUCGCCAGUCGUUACGGUCAAUUGCCUUUUGGCGCUCGCUGAUCAGGGAUUCGGCGAAGACAAGGACAUUUCGGGGACAUUGUGCGCGGCCUGUUCGAUAGACGGUGUUCACAUCGUGGCCAUAUUUUCAAUAGCAUUUUCGGUUGUUUUUGACGAUUUCGAAGGCGCCAAAUGGUGGUCUUACCUGCCUCGGGGGCUUCGCGACAUGGCCUUUGGAAUUUUUGUCGGAAGCAGUUUGGGCCUGUUUUUGGUAUUUUUUCCUCACCAAAGCCACAAAUACGCGACGUUCUAUCGCAUAUUGAAUCUAUCCCUCGGUGCGCUGUGCUUCAGCGUUGGAGCAAGCUCGUUCGUCAUAACUGGCGGUGGAUUUUUGGCCACGGUCAUCAUGAGCUUUAUCGUAUGCACUGGGUGGAAGAUUAUAGUUAAUAAAUUCGACGUUGCUCCGAUACGGAAAGUGGUGGGAAUUAUUUGGCACAUAUUGCAGCCAGUGUUAUGCGGCGUGAUUGGAGCUGACGUGAAUUUUUCACAUUGGACGGCAAUCCGAACUGGUCUCUACGCAGCCUGCAUUUUAACGGGUCUUUUGGCUCGCCUGACUUGCGCCAUAUUGUCAACUAUCAAAAUGCCGUUCACCAUCGGCGAGAGGAUUUUCGUCGCCGUAUCUUGGCUGCCGAAGGGCACGGUUCAGGCUGCCCUGGCUCCGAUGGCUUACGAGCACGCUUUGGCGAAAAAUAACACGAGGGAAUUGGAGCUCGCUGAAGACGUUUUGAAGGUGUCCGUGCUGGCGAUUUUGUUCUUGGCCCCGAUCGGCGCGAUGAUUAUGAUGAUGACCGGUCCUCACUUGCUCAGUCGAAUUUCAUCGGAUGCAAUGGAGGAGCGCAGAUUACAGAGUUUGAGGACGUUGAGCAUGAAAGUUAAAGUGAAAAAGCCGGACACUUGAAGCUCGU